CUCAUACAACAAACCGUCCCAAGAAACUCUUUUCGCUGGAAGUCAUCGAGGGCAAAAUCCUUCCUCCGUUUUGGUCUUCCUAUUUCCUCUUUAUUAGGGUUUUUUUUUUUGUUUGCGAAGGAAGGGGGUGACGAUCCUAUGGGUUUCGAUGCGAUGGCCAACGGCGCUUCGGUUCCCGUCUUGAUCUCACGGGACGCCGCCAAGAAAAAGAGGACGAAUCGCUCGGCGAAAUUGAAGCAGUGCAAGCUUGAUGUACGCCGCGAGCAAUGGCUGUCUCGAGCCAACAGCAAAGACGAUUGCAAGAUUUUGGCCGCGGCCAGCUCUCCUCGUUUACCCCAUCCGCCACGGCCCCGGGUGGACGAAACGGAUUCGAGGACGAGGGAGGAAGAUACGAUCUCGCAUGGUAACGACGAUUCGGAUUACCCAAUGCCCCACCUUCGCCGUGGUAAUAGAAGAACUUUAAGCAGCGGAAGCAGCAUCGAGUCUAGCUCUUCAAGUGUCAGCGACGCCGAAGACGAGGGGAUCGAUAAUGUAAGGGGCGGUAACCGGGUCCUUGAUGACUGGGAGGCGGUUGCCGACGCCUUAUCUGAAGCCAAUGAUCGUGACGGCCUUGGCCCUGAUCCGGUAGUGCCUGCUGUUUCCGCCGGAUUGCCUUGCGAGCCUCCUCGUGGCGGGAGCACCACAAAGCCGGAGCCCAUUCGGAGCGCGCCCAGAGCCUGGAGGCCGGACGAUGGCUUUCGGCCACGGAGCCUUCCCAGUAUCUCGAAGCAGUGGAGCAUUCCGCCAAACCAAGAUCGGCACUGUUGGGCUUCGCCACAGAAGGGCGUGCUUUCAACGCCUUGCCCGUGCCCUAUCUGUUGUGAGGACUUGGAUCCCACGGACUCGAGCUUCUUCCCCUGUUCGUGUGGCUACCGUCUCUGCCUCUUCUGCCACAAGAGGAUCCUUGAGGCCGAUGGGCGUUGCCCCGGUUGCAGGAAACAAUAUAACUCCAUUUCGAGUGGAGCGUUGGUCGUGACCACCGUUGGGCCAUCGUCGUUACCACAGAUUGAGUCUCUACAUGAUGCUCCUGAGAGUCAUUUUCCUAGAUAGAAAAAGUCAUUCAUCUAGAUUCUGCUUGCAAGGUCCUUCCUCUUGUUGUUACUGUAACUGGAUGAGUUGGCUCAGAAUCACCAAUCAACUGUGAGCAAAGUGGUCUGUGAGGUGGUACAAUUAAAUAAACGGCACAUAUUCUUUAUUCACAAGUAUUUUGGCUGCUCUGAAGGUUUCAAUAUUUCCAAGUCGACAAUUCUGUAUGUUCUAUCUGUUGUGAUAUCUUCAUCUGAUAUGUUUUCAGGUAGAACAACACUCCUUAAAACAUAAUGAUGCUGGAUGCUUGAUACAAGCGCUUGACACGAUCGAAGAUGUCUCAUGCCCCCUGGAUGAUGGAACUGGACGUGUCUAUGUUGUUGGGGCUCGCAAGUGAAGUUUUUGAAGAGUCACAGCAAUCUUUGGCGUGUGGGACACUGGACUAUCUACGUGGUCGUAAGGUCUGCAACACCAAAUUUCAGAAAGAAAAGAAAAAGAAUAAAUCAUAGUAAGGUCUUCUUUCUGUUUUGUUGUAGAUGCUCGGCGUUAAACGAACUGAAAGAAUUCUUCCUACUGGUAUUGCAUUGACUGCCGUGGGUGAGGUAGUAGAUAAUUACGCAAGUGAUUGUGAUCAUCGGGACUUUGUUAUUGAGUAUAAGAAUAUUUGGUAUUUUGAAUCAUGCCUUCAAAUGUACGCGUAUUUGCUCAUAGCUUAUACGUGUAUUUUCUUGUAUUUGCUCAUAGCUUUAAAGAUGAUGUUGGGUCAAUUUUAGGUGUCCCCAAAGAACAUCGAUCAGUUAAUCGCAAAUCGAAUUGGCUAGGGUUGUACUUUGUAGUUAUUGUUUUCGUUUUCAUAAAUACUUCAUUGACGUUUGUUCUGUA